AUGCAGCUCCGCCUGCUCCAUUUGCUUGGAGCAUUGACUUGGAGCAUUGGCCAGGCUUCUCUGGACACUUGUGUUGAGGAGGAUCAGCCUGCGCUGCUGCAGUUCAUGAAGACGAGGGCCGGAGAUUGCACCAACCAACCAUGGGACUGCAAUGAUGGAGGAUUCAGCGCUGAGGCUGCUUUGCAGGUGAUCAGCGAGAGGCCAGACAACCGUUGUAAAGGUAGCGAAAUCUCGCUGUUGAACAUUACGAAUGGAGCCUACACGCCGGUUUGCAGAUUCAACACUACUUGUUUCAAUUCGUGUGGCAUCGGAAAGGACAACUUCAUUUACUGCCGAAUUGACGAUGCUCCAACGAACUCGCUUGUCCGCAUCACAUGCCCAGUGAGCUCGAGCGGUCCUACUACGGGGAGUUUCUGCUGGUUAGGGGAGGUGCCUCUCUCCAGAGCAGGUGGCUUCAAUCCUCGGACGAUUGGCGGUGUUGAUCGGUUCUACUGGAUCACCAUCGGCGGCAGCAUUGACGUGCAAUUCUAUGAGAAUGCCUCUGCAGGCAGCAACAUUGGCGUUGCUGGCUUGCCGGGAUGGAGUACAGCCACGUUGGCACAACUCAACAACAACAUUGGUAUCGGCAGUGGCAUCAACAUCGCUGCCCAAGAGAGCCGCCUUUCGCCAGCUGGCGACUUGGCGAUUCGGGAGAUCCAGAACUUUCCGGGCAACAACGAUCUGGAUUGGGUCGUUUCCUGUACCGAGGACCGAGUCUUACUUCAAAGCGUUGAAGGGACCACGAGCCGCUUCUACGACCUGCAGAUGGUGCUGCCGGUGGGUGCGGCAUACGGCUUGCCAAGUGGCAGCGCUGGAGCUAUGUGGGACUUUAAAGGGCGCAUCUAUUGUGCAUACAACAAUGGCGAUGGCGUGUUCGAAAUCCUUUUGGACCAGGUUAGCACCACCCAAGUUCCAGUGGUGCUGGCCUCUCCUGCAGAGAGCAUUCCAAUAACCGCGCAGAAUGAUGGUAUGAACUGUUUCGAGGAAGAAACACCUUUUCCGACGACCACGAGCACCACAACAACCACAACACCUGCUCCUCCAGAACCGUGCGAGAACGUGCUGUACUGUCCACUAGACGGCACUGGUCCACGAAACGGUCUGACGAUGACCACCGGCCCAGAAAUCGAUCGCCUUAACGACAACCGGUACAGUUUCAAGAGGAUUUGCCAGAUGGCCGCUGGCUCGCCGAAUCUGGAUUCUUGUGGCAUCAACGACGUGGACGGCAUGAUCUACUGCGUGGCUGGGUCCGGCAGCAAUCAGCAACUCGUGCGUGUGACCUGCGGGAGCGAGCGCGCUACCAACUUGGUUUGCUAUCUGGGCGAAGUCCCGGCAGUCAACGUCAACGGUGCCAGCUUCGCUCCGGGCACGGGCACGUUCGUCGCACGGAACAACAGUGACAUCUUCACCUUUGAAAAUGUUGCCAGCCUCAGCGGGUCGACGUUGCCGGUGACGGCUCCCGUCACACAGACUAGCACGUUCACGAUGGAUGUCGAGAGCGAAUCGGAUCUCAUUGUGCAGGAAGCCAAUGUUGACGGCAGCGGAAAUAAGCCCUGGAUCUUCUCUUGUUAUGGACGCAAGGUCUUUGCAAGACCGCUCGAUGGUUCCGGCAUCCAAACAACUCUAACCAUAACUGGCUUGGCGUCGAUUGUCGACGCCAAUGAGCAAGCCAGGUCCAUGUGGGGCUACAGCGACGGGAGCGUCUACUGCGCCUACCUACUAGACAACAACCCUUAUGAACGGAUCGUCAUCCAGGUCCUUCUGGACACCGUGAACAUUACUGCGGGCACGGUCGAGUUUUUUGAGGCGGCCCCAGCACAGGGAUUUGCAUUGAGUCGUGUAAACAAUGCGGAGGAUGGUCUGAACUGCCUCAACACAGCAAGUCCCUUUCCAGGAUCGGGCGGCACCACCACAACGACCACCAUCCCCCCGUGCGAAGCAGCUGCAUUCAACUGCUCACAGUAUCCAGGCCCUCUGCAGGUGAUCAACGACGAUAGUUCAGCGAGUUGUGUAUCAAGGCUUCAAUAUCUAAACUCCUCAGGACUGUACACGCCAAUCUGCAGUUCCCAACCAGGAGAAUGCCAGCAGGGGUGUUCCUACAAUCCGAAGGAUGGGAAGAUCUAUUGUCAGAGCGUCCGCUCAUUCCGAAACUUGGGGCGGUACUUCACCCGCAUCGACUGCGAUGGAACCACGGGGGUCAUGAAGGUUUGCUACGUGGACUUGUUUCGGAAUGAUGUCAGAACAGCAAGCUUUGUGGAGGAACCUUUCACAAACUUUCCCAACUAUGUGCACUCUUCCACCCCACUUCGCAAUCUUCAAGCGGAUGUCACCACCCUUGGUGCCUUUGAGGAUCCUCCGUUCGAGGGCGUUUGGUCUGGGAUGGCAAGCGAGCAAAUUUCUAGUGCAAGCUUCAACUCCCGCAGCAUGGCGAUUAGCAGGUUUGAUAUCGGUGAUGGCAAUGGGGUCCAGACUUGGGCAAUUGGCUGCAAUGAUGGGCAGGUUGUCGUCCAAGGCGUUUCAAACGACACGGACAACUUCUUGGAAAACGUUCGCUAUACGUUGACCAUCGAGGAGCCGGUGCCGACAGGGGGAGCAGCGAAAACAGCAUGGACCUUUGAGAACAAGGUGUAUUGUGCCUACGACAAUGCCGUCUACUUUCUGUUCACGCAGUUCAUAACCCUCAACACCGUGACCAACACAGGCACGAUUAUUUUGGGCGAGGUGAGCAAUGCCGCCACAGUGAACAACAAUGACGACAAUGGAGGACUCCAAUGCGAUACGCCGGACCCGUUCCCAGAUGUGACCACAUCGACUAGCACGACAACUACGCUUGGCCCACUGACUGCCUGCUCCACGCAGGCCUGGAACUGCAGCAACAGCAGCAAUUUUUCGACUCUUGCCUUGCAAGUGAUCAACGAGCGGGAAGAUGGUCUUUGUGUGCAGGGAACCCUUCAGGCGUUGGACGUCGAGACCGGUACCUACACGCUGAUUUGCACCUUCCCAGAUGGCGAGUGCUUCAACGGCUGUGGGGUCAGCCCCUUGGACGACCAGAUCUAUUGCUUCACGGAAGAGCGGGAUCAGGACCUCGCCUACCUCACGCGACUGUCGUGCCCAACCACUGAUAUCGGCACUGGAUCGGCGGGUGACGUUUGCUACAUUGGCCUCCAGCGGGCAUCCGUGUCUGCAAAUUUCGACCGUAGCGGACAGUUCGUGUUCAUCGCAGAUGCUGGAGGCCUUUUCGUGCAACAAGAUUUGGAGACACUUCCGGCAUAUGACCGCCGGCCGCUACCAGAGGAUAAUGUGACUUUCGACUAUCGUCCGAAUGCUACACAGGUGAAUGCCAAUCAGCCGAACCAAAUCGAUGGAUUUGACCUCACGGUCCGAGCGAUUGAUCUUGGAAAUGCGACAGGGGUGCAGAAUUUUACAAUCUCUUGCAACGAGAACUACGUCUCGUUCCAAUCCUUGACGAACGAGUCGGCAUUCUACAAGCUGACGAUGACAAACAUCAACCCCCAGGGGAUUUCAGGCGCUCAGUGGGAGUUCGAUGGGCGUGUGUUCUGUUCUUACAAUGAUGAGGGCAUUGUGUACGAGAUCCUGUUAAACACGGCCGACCUCCAGGCCAACACAAUCGCCAGCGGCAUUCAGAAUCCCUCACAGGUUGUCCAAUCCAACGACGGCCUCAAUUGUCUGACGGCCCAGGCUCCCUUCAUAGAUCGUACUACAAGCACCACGGUUACAACAACGACCUCGGUAGAGGCUACAACGACCUCAGCUGUGGCAACGACGACCUCGGCAGCGGCAUCGACCACCUCGUCGAAGAAGCCGUACUACCGGCGCUUCCGCCGCUUCCACCGCUUCCACCGCUUCCGCCGCAUCCGAAGGCGCCGCCGCAACAGGCGCUACUCGUACAAGUACAAUGCGUCCGAGCAGAAAGGCGACGAGGAGUGA